AUGUCCUCCCCCAAUGCUACCACUGCCACUGCAGCUACCAUUCUGGUCCUUUCACUCUUUUCUAUUGGUAUAUCUCUUGUGGACAUCUGCUCUAUGGACUUCCAGUGUCUGUCUGUUCUCUUGAUCAGCAUUCCAGCUAACACUUUCAGUUUGGAUUACUCUAAACUUGACAAGAAAGAGAACAACUGGCACUUUCAGAGCCAGAAUAUUCUCAAUUAUCUUGCUCUCAUGGAUGGCAUUGAUGAACAUCUAGCUGGCAUAACCACAUGCUCUAACCCAUCAAUGGAACCAUAUGCUAUCCAGAACUGA